UUAGGCCAUUUAAUCUGAUGGCCAAGUACCAAGUUAAGACCUAAGAAAUUGAUCGCCCACAGAAAACUAGAGAUUCUUACUUGCUAAAUCCUUUAUUAUAUAUGCUGCAUGACAAACAAAUCUUAGUGUAAUUAACACUUAGGAAGGGAAAAAAUGGGGUUUGAGGAAAUGUGGUCAAAAAUAGGAUCAAUAAUGGCUACCAUAAUGUUCAUGUAUGCCAUGUUUGAGAAAUUCUUCCCUCCUCACCUCCGUAUGAAUGUCCAAAAGUACACACACAAACUAGCUUCCUUCUUGUCUCCAUACAUCCAAAUAACCUUCCCUGAGUUCGCCGGCGAGCGCCUCAAGCGAAGCGAGGCCUUCACGGCCAUCCAAACAUACCUGAGCGCCACCUCUUCCCUCAGCGCGAAAAGGCUGAAGGCGGAAGUGGUCAAGGACAGCCAAACCCCGGUAGUACUGAGCAUGGAUGACAGUGAAGAAGUGAGUGAUGAGUUCAAAGGUGUUAAGGUUUGGUGGCUCUUAAACAAAACCACACUCAAAACGCAGUCGUUUUCGUUCUAUCCAGCUUCUGAUGAGAAGAGAUACUACACUUUAAGCUUUCACAAUCGUUAUAGGGACCUCAUUGCUCACUCUUACAUCCCUCAUGUCUUGGAAGAAGGGAAAGCAAUCAAGAUCAAGAACAGGCAAUUGAAGCUCUACACCAACAAUUGCAGCACUGGUUGGUAUGGAUGGAACAGAGCAAAGUGGAGCAAUGUGACAUUUGAGCACCCUGCAAGGUUUGACACAUUAGCCAUGGAGCCAAAUAAGAAGGAAGAGAUAAUAAAUGAUCUUAUUAAGUUCAAGAAGGGAAAAGAGUACUAUGCCAAAAUUGGCAAGGCAUGGAAAAGAGGGUAUUUGCUAUAUGGUCCUCCAGGUACCGGAAAAUCAACCAUGAUAGCCGCAAUGGCGAAUUUCCUAUACUAUGAUGUCUAUGAUCUUGAGUUAACAUCAGUGAAGGACAACACACAAUUGAGGACUCUAUUGAUUGAGACAUCAAGCAAGUCUAUCUUGGUGAUUGAGGACAUUGAUUGUUCCCUUGAUCUCACCGGAAAAAGGAGAAACAAGAGAAAUGGGAAAGGGAAUCAAGAUAAUGAUGAAUCUAAUAAAGAUCCUGUUAAAAAUGCUGAAGAAGAGAAUAAGGAUAGUAAAGUAACACUAUCAGGGCUAUUGAAUUGCAUUGAUGGUAUUUGGUCAGCUUGUGCUGGAGAGAGGAUCAUAGUUUUCACCACAAAUUUUGUGGACAAGCUUGAUCCAGCACUCAUUAGGAGUGGAAGAAUGGACAAACACAUUGAGUUGUCUUAUUGUUGCUUUGAAGCUUUUAAGGUUCUUGCAACAAACUACUUGGACAUUGAUGAUCACCAUCACCAUCACUUGUUUUCCAUUGUUGAGAGGUUGUUGGGUGAAGUGAAUGUUACACCUGCUGAUGUUGCUGAGAAGAUCAUGCCGAAAUCGAACUCUGAUGAUUCGGAGAUAUGUUUGAAGAACUUGAUUGAGUUUCUUGAGAGUGCCAAGAAGAAGAAGGAGGAGGAGGAUGAAGAAGAAUCAAGGUUGAAGGAGGAGAAAGAGAGGGAAAAUGGAGAGUUGAAGAAUAAUAAUGGAGUGAAAGAGAAUGGUUUCAUCCACUGA